GAAAACAGCGCCUGCUCAGUAGAGUUCUACGACUUUGCUGAGGAUAUGGUUUCCACGUUAGGAACUGCUUUACUAUGCUGCGCGGCGCUCACCGCGGCCGUGCCCUCUCCAUCCCUCCGCCCCAAUCGCCCGCCGGCCGACUUCGACAUCAUCGUCAUCCAGAUCGACGAGCCCGCCUCCUCCGAGUCCAGCGAGCGGGAGGGCAGCGGGAUCUACGAUGACAUCCUCAACCAGUUCUUCAGCUUCCAGCUCCCUGAAUUCCCCGGCUUCGGGCGCUACUUCUUCGACGAGGACGCCGCCGGCCAACCCUCGGCGGAAACGGAAAUCGAGCGACCGGAAACCCUCAAGCGCCAUCCGGAAACUGCCAAGCGCGGACCGGAAGUAGACGAAGUCCGACCGGAAACCCUCAAGCGCCAACCGGAAAUCGCCAAGCGCAGACCGGAAGUCGACGACGUCCGACCGGAAACGACGAUGGCGCCGGUCACGGAGGUGACGACGCAUUUUAUCCUCACCGAUAGCGCUGGCCCUGCAACUCGCUCCGGCUACAACUUCGGCUUGUCGAGCCUGUUGAGCGGCAUGAUGUCGAGCGUGCUGUCCGGUUUCGUGCAGGCGCUGAAGCAGUCGCCGGAAAUGGUGACCGGACCGGAAGUUGUCGAUCGACGAACGGAAAUGCUGGCGUCGAGCGAGGAAGAUCAACCGGAAGUCGCUCGACUGACCGGUAGCAAGCCUCAGGACGACCUCGACGAGGAUCUCGAGAGGAAAAUCGAGCGGCUUUUCAUGGAGAACGACGACAAGGACAACGAUUUGAAACACGGUGGAGCCAAGAAGAUACCCCUUCUACACGAACAUCAAUUUUUCGCAGCUGAAAAGCCGCGUGGAGCCCUCUUUCCGGUCAUAGAGCACCGAGUUGAGAAAAGUGAGGCAAAAUCGAACCCAGCCGAUGAAAAUAAACCUAAACUGAGCAAAACCGAGGAGACAAAAUUGAGUCCAGCCCAGAAAAAUGAACCGACAUGGAUUUCCGGCAAGCUGGAGUUCGACCGGAAAAUCAUGGAACUCCUAUCCGCGAUGGACGAUCUCCCAGAACCGGUUUCAGAAGACGCCUCCACGGCUUCGCCCUCGGCGAAGACCGCGAGAAGUGUCGAAAUGGACUCGGAGGAACCGGUCGCCAGCGAACGCGUCGUCCGAGAGAACUCCAACGCAUCGGUGUCUCCUUUCGACGACCAGUCUACGGAGGCGGUCCCGAUCUUCGGGGAGCCCCAGGAGGCGGAAGAGGCGGAGGAGGCGUCCCUGGAGACACCCGCCGCCUCCUCCGAGGAGCAGGAAUAUUUCUACGUGCCCCACGGAGAGAGCCCCUCCCCGGAGGUCUUCCCGAGCACCUACCUGUUCCUGCCACGCCUCGAGGAGACACGCCGCAGCAUCCCCGAUCUCUCCGCGGAGGUCGUCCUCCUCCCCGCGCCCCGACCUCCGCGGAGGUACACCCCGGAUUUCGAACACUACUCCAGUUUAGGCCACGAGAUUCUCGGGUAUUCUAGUUUAGGCCACGGCUAUCCCGGUUCGGGGUACGAUUAUCCUAGUUCAGCGUAUGAUUAUUCGAGUUUAGGCCACGAUUAUUCGAGUUUAGGCCAUGAUUAUUCAAGUUUAGGCCACGAUUACCGUGCUGUUCCUGCUUUUGGCCAUGGUUUCGCGUCUAUGGCCGACUAUGCGCGGCCGGCGGUUCCUAGAUUCGUGGCUGCGCGAUCGCACCCUUAUGCAGAUUUGCUGUGGCCCCGACGUAAAAUGCCGAUGAGUUACCAUCCAUCCAUGGAGUAUUUAGAUGUAGCGGAGCCUCGACCGCCAAUGGCCCCUCAGUAUUUCCUUUUGUAAAUCGAGUCUAUCUUUUAGGAUUUUUGAAUCCGAAAACACAUUUUAUCCAUCUUCACGUCCCUUAAGCUGUUUCUUUUAAAAUAAGGUCAACGAAAAAUAAGGGGAAAAAAGAGAAAAAUAAAGCACGUAAUUCGCCCGUGAAUUAUCAGCGUAUAGCAAAUUGUGAUUCAGUUUCCAAAAAAAGGCCCGAGCCAAAAAUAUGGUAUUUUUCAUGCAGUCUUUCAGUUGCAAAAUAUGAAAGUUUUCCAAUCUUCAAGUUGAGUCUUUCUUAGAACAAGGGCGAUACGUUACUUCCUUAUCGAUGUAAAAUAAGACUGCAAAAAAAAAAAAAAAAAAAAAAAAAAAAAAAAAAAAAAAAAAAAAAAAAAAAAAAAAAAAAAAACGCUCCAGAGGUUAAAAACCAUCAUUUUAGAAUGCUGCCUGACCUGAAAUGAUUUGUAACGAGAGCAUUAUUCAAAUGAGAACCUUAGGACUUCACAGUGUCGACGAAGAAAAAUUUUCGAAAUUGAAAGUUAAAAAGUUCUAAAAUUUCGCGAUGUGCUUGACUUUCUGCUUGAAUGUAUUAUUUUUGUCGAACCUUUUUCUCUAUUAUUUUGUUGGACUUUCUUUCGGAGAGCAAGUUUUAUUUUUUUCUUUUUACAAAAACACCCAUUAAAUAACUUCUCCUUUUAGAUUCGAUGAGACAUAAAACGACGAAUUCUCAUGACGGGCGACGCCAUAACAUCAAACCCAGGAAAAUUAACCGUGAUUUCUACACUUAAAACACACACGUUCGUGACGGUGCCGCUUUUCCUCGAGUUAAACUACGCGAGAAUGAAUGCAAGGCAUCAGUGAAAAAUGAAAGUUUCAGAGGACGCUGGCGUCGAUGUCAUUUCGUCUUUUCACUGCAGUAACAGCGUACCUCCAUUUAAACUCGAACCUUGGAAACCCUUAAGUUUUACAGGAGUCACAACUCAUCUUGCUGCGCAGUUGCAGCUUAUAAUAGGCAGAAGAACAACGCUGGAUUUAUAGAUAUUCGUUGCUGCGGUAAAAAUAUUUGAUCGAGGCGCCUUUAAAUGUCAAAGCGUUUGCAAAAAAUGUCUCCACAGCACCAAUUUUAUCAAACUUAAGGUCAUGAAUAAUUCUCGGUACGUAUAACGACUAAUAAGAAAUAUUUCCAGAUGCAAAUUACGGGGAAACUUAAACACUAGAAGGGCGGGUACUCCUGCCGCUUUCGACCGAUUUUAUUUUCUAAACUAAUAUUAUUUCACUUAAAGUUACUCCUGAUAUGCUCAAACUUAACAUGCUCGGAGAACAAAGAUGGUUUUCCUUAUGUGAUCCACCUACACGGGAAAAAAAAUUGAAAAAAGAAAAAAAAUCAGGUAUAAAUAUUCAUAGCACUAGUUUAGCAAGUGGCAUGUAAAUUUUUCGACAAAAAACCCGCCAAAAGACAGACAUUUAAAGCUCUGUAUACAUGCCUAUAUCCACCAAUGUUUGGAGAAAUGUUACGUCAUUUAUUGGCACAAAAAAGAGCUUCAGAAUGUAAGAAAAAUUCAAUUACUUGACACUACAUCUUUAAAAUUUUGCGAAGAGAACGAAACGCAUAACCAGAGGUCUCGAUAUCAACUCCUAAACGAUACAUGCGUGUUUAAAAUGAAGACUGUUAAACGGCAAAAAUACAAAUGACGUCAUUUGCCUGAUCUGACCUCCAUUUGAUCUCUGUUAAAAACACAUGUUCAAAUCUCGUUUAGGAGGUGUCCAAACUUCCCGUAUUGCGAACCGUUUUCUACGUAAGAUUUUGAUGAAUGGACAUGUGACGGUUACUUCUAGUUCGGACUUUGUGUAGUCGCCCGUUGAGAAUAAAUCGCACUAAUAUAUCGUCUGUUGACGGGUAAAAUAUGCACUGCGGAAGUAACCCGAAUUAAUUAAUGGUCUCUAGAGAAUUUGACAUGGCUCAUUUGAGAACAAUAACUUAUGUAAUUCCAAGACGAUGGCCGAUCCAUGGAUGCAAUUCGAGGAAACGGAGAUUUGUUGACAUUAGUGUCUCGAUGACCUCUGCUUGUGCUGGGUUUUACGUGUCACGGGUUCAUUCCCUAAAUCACUAUUAAUCAUAGCUGCUGAUAAUUGGUCGGAGAUUCAGUGUGUGCGAGAAAGAGUUGGCAGUUAACAAGUUUUUUCUUCCAAGCGACCCUGCAAUUUCAUCGCGAUGAACACGACACAAUCGGUGAGUUUAAGUAUGCAAGUUCACGAUGUAGGGACACCGGGACAUAAAACUUUUAAAUCGAUUGAAGAGUUUGCCCGUUGGGGGGCGUCUUGUAAAAUGUAUGUUAGUUUUGAAAAUCAAUUGUACAUCAUCGGCGCAUCUUCAUAAACACACGAUAAUGUUUGACGUUAAUCAAACGCUUUUGGGUAGAAUUGAAGGCAAAACUGUAAAAAGCCACUAUCGCGAAGCUUCGAAUGAGUUUUGCCCUUCUACGGGGAAACUUUUCAACUCAGGACGGCAUCAAAGGUGUCAUGAGUAGGUUUACUUGGGGGAUGGGGGCACAAAUUAAAUGAAAAAUUAAGACACAACUAAACUUUGAAAUCGAAUACCCGUGUAAAAAAAAGAAGAAAAAUGCAGGGCUCAUUUUUACACUAGGUAUACCCGAAAACAUGAAAAAUUAAGACACAACAAUUAAACUUUGAAAUCGAAUACCCGUGUGAAAAAUUUUUAAAAAAUGCAGGGCUCAUUUUUAUACUAGGUAUACCCGAAAACAAAACGCAAAUCGUGUAGUAAAAUAUAAUUUUCCACAAAAAAAUCACGUGACAUUUCCAUCCACCACCCUUUGACGAUACAAAAUAAAUAGAAAUAGACAUAUUAAACACAAAAAUGUUAUUUGGGCAAAGCAAAAGGCUCUAUCCUUAAAUUACAAAAUACGUGGUAACAUUUGGUUGAAUCAUUUUUUUUUUUU